AUGGUACUAGAAGACGUGGACUCAGACAACGAAAGCCAGCAGAAACAACUGCAGUCCAAAGCUGUAGCACCAUCCACAUCACUGACCCCACCAUCACCGACAGUCAGCCAAAAGCAGGAACUGACGCAGCAGGCGCAGUCCAAUGCAAUGGAAACUCAGACAUGUGCCAGCCCAGAGCCAGAGCCGUCACAGAGUGGGACAAAAAGUCUAGAAGAUGCUGAGACUCAGACGGGCCGCUGGACGCCAUUCAUUGAAAACAUCAAGAAGGAGGCGGAAGGUGUGGCUUUGGCUACCAUGGAGGAACGUCUGCUGCAGGAGCGCAUGGAGAUGGCCCGUAUGGCUGAAGAGGUGGCCAGGCAGACAGCUGAGAUGGCCAUUAGACAGAUGGCCAGUGAGGGACAGUCCAUCAAACUCUCACUGGGGAGUCAAGAACUCCUGGAUGAGGAGCCUGAAAUCGAGCUGCCAGUGCCACAGGAAGAGGAGAGCGAAGUGGACCAAAAUAAUUUCACAGGAAAAGAACAGAGCGCUGCUGAGGAGACUGAGGAACCUAUCACCACAGAACCAGAGCCAAAGGAGGAAGCAGAACCACAGCGGACCUCCCCCUCGCCACCUCCAAGUCCUGAACCAGUUAAGACCUCUGAGCCGGAGCCUGAGGCCGAGCCCGAGCAGGAGCCCGAGCCUGAGCCCGAGCAGGAGCCUGAAUCAGAAACAGAAGCAGAACCAGCGGCAAAGACUGAGGAAGCCAACUCAGAAGCUGAGCCUGUGACUCAGCAGCCGCAGAAAGCACAGGAAGACAGUCAAAGCACCAAAGCUGAAAAAGCUGGUGAAAAGGAGGAGGAAGCUGCUGGGGAUGAAUGUGGUGCUCCAGUCAGCUGCGAUGCAUUUAAGAGCUGCCUGAUGCGCAUUCCCCACACCUCUGAGUGCCUUGGCAACAUCAACGCGUUCUUCAAGGAGAAUGGCAUCUCCACUCCCAAAAUACCCUCCAUGCCUAAGCUACCCACCCAGCUCUCUGAUGUGACCAAGUACCUGCCCUCUCUACCCUCUUUACCCCCUGAGUUGCGCCAGGAGCUCUCCCAGAUCCGACUCACGCAGGUCCCACGAAAUAUCGCCCAGACUCUGACUGAACUUUUGCCCAAAAACUCUGAGGGUUCAGUCGGUCCCAGUCUGUCCAGUCUCUCCCAGAGCUUUUCAAACAUCCCGCAGAAGCUCUCCCAGUUCCCCAGCCGAACGCAGCAGUACUUCCUCAACGUCCAGAACCGCCUCAACAGCCUUAUGCCUCAAGAUCUCCGGUCCCGCUCCCCGUCUCCAUCCUCCCCCAACGGUAGCACCCUCGAAUUGCCCAAUGUGCCAUCCUACCCACGCCUGCCGCCAAUUGUCAGCCCUCCAUCAAAACAGCUCAACUCACUGUCCCGCCAGUUGUCAGGUCUCUCUAACCCAGCAUUCUUCAUUGAAGACAACUCAGACAUUCCAGCAAUAAGACCCGCAGAGAGCUCUAGCCUCAGCCUCCGUCCAGCUGUCAAUGUAGAGGAUGUUGACUCAGACCAUGAGAGAGGAAGUAAAGGAGGAGCAGGAGGAGGAGGAGGAGGGGAGGAACAGAGCAAAAUCCCCCAAAUCCUCACCCCCCAGGAUCCCAAACUUACAACCCUCACUGUCCCUGUGACCCCCUCUGGAGGUCGUCAAAGUAAAGGAGAUAAAGAUAGUGGAAGGAAUCGUAGGACUGUCUGGACAAAGAUUAGGAGGCUUCCAUCUCAAAGUGAAGAUGAUGAUGAUGAAGGAAGCAUCCCUGUCAGAGCCUGGCCCAGCCAGUCCAGCCUGCACAGCUCAGAUGACAUACUGAAAGAGCGACCAGCGUCUUCAGCCAGUCAGACCAGUACAGUGGUCAAUGAGCGUCUUCAGGAGCUGGUCAGGAUGUUCAAAGAGAGAACGGAGAAGGCGAAGGAGAAACUCAUUGACCCUGACAGCUCAGAUGAAGACAGCAUCAUCCCCUCUCCUCCUCAGGCUCCAGCUCCUCAGCCUGCUCCUGCAGCUCAGCCAGUGGACGGAGAGGAGAAGGAGGCACAAGCAGGUCCAUCAGGAGGAGGAGGAGAAGGAGGAGUGGAAGUGGAGAGUGAGGCAGAGGAGGAGCAGUCUAGCCGCUGCUGCAAGGUGAAAACUCCUCGGUGGAUGCGAGCUUGUAUGCACUACCGCUUCCCUGCCAGCAUCGACCCUUUCACCAACUUAAUGUACGUGCUGUGGAUGUUUUUGGUCUCUCUGGCGUGGAACUGGAACGUAUGGUUCAUCCCAGUGCGCUGGGCCUUCCCCUACCAGACUCCAGACAACAUUUACUACUGGCUGCUGAUUGACUACUUGUGUGACCUUAUUUACAUCCUGGACAUCACCAUCUUCCAGCCGCGCCUGCAGUUUGUUCGUGGAGGGGACAUAGUGUGUGACAAAAAAGAAAUGAGAAAGAAUUACAUGAAAACCAAACGCUUCAAAUUUGAUGUAGCCAGCCUUGUUCCCCUCGAGCUCUUCUAUUUCAAAAUUGGCAUCAACCCUCUGCUUCGCUUACCCAGGCUGCUGAAGAUCAACUCCUUCUUUGAGUUCAACGAGCGUUUAGAGGCCAUCUUGACCAAAGCCUACAUCUACAGGGUGAUCCGCACCACCACCUACCUUCUUUACUGUCUCCACUGUAAUGCCUGUCUGUACUACUGGGGCUCUGCAUUCACAGGACUGGGAUCAACUAAGUGGGUGUACAAUGGAGAGGGCAACAGUUACAUACGCUGUUACUACUUUGCGGUGAAGACCCUGAUCACCAUUGGUGGUCUGCCAGACCCCACCACUCUGUUUGAGAUUGUCUUCCAACUCAUCAACUACUUUGUUGGAGUCUUUGCCUUCUCUAUCAUGAUUGGACAGAUGCGUGAUGUGGUUGGUGCAGCCACAGCGGGUCAGACCUACUACCGCACAUGUGUGGACAGCACUAUUAAAUACAUGUCCUCCUAUCGCAUCCCCAAAGACGUGCAGAACCGUGUCAAAACCUGGUACAACUACACCUGGCAAUCACAAGGCAUGCUGGAUGAGCAGGAGCUGCUGACUCAGUUGCCAGAUAAAAUGCGUCUGGACAUUGCUAUUGAUGUCAACUAUUCCAUUGUCAGCAAAGUUCCUCUUUUUCAGGGUUGCGACAGACAGAUGAUCUUUGACAUGUUGAAAAGCCUACGCUCUGUUGUCUACCUGCCUGGGGAUUAUGUCUGCAAAAAGGGCGAAGUGGGCCGGGAGAUGUACAUCAUAAAGGCAGGGGAGGUGCAGGUGGUUGGAGGACCGGAUGGGAAGACAGUGUUUGUCACUCUCAGAGCAGGAUCGGUCUUUGGAGAGAUCAGUUUGCUCGCAGUAGGUGGGGGUAACAGACGCACAGCGAAUGUAAUCGCCCACGGGUUUGCUAAUCUCUUCAUCCUGGACAAGAAAGACCUGAAUGAGAUCUUGGUCCACUACCCCGAGUCCAAGAAACUGCUCCGGAAGAAAGCCAGGAAGAUGCUUACCAAGGGAAAGAAACCUGAGCCCAAAGAGGAGGCUAAGGAUCCCCCUCAGGCCCCGGCAGCCCCUGUACGGACGGAAACCCCCAGACUGCUGAGAGCAGCCCUGGAGAUGACAGAGAAAUCCUCUGGACUUAAAGGAGCUCUGGCUAAAGUCAAAGAGAACACCAGCAAGUCUAGUGUCUCAUUACAGCCCUCCAUCUCCUCCUCCCUGCCUCCUCCGUCUCCCACCUCCAGCUCAGGACCUGAGAGAGACGGGGACACACCACCGUCACCCAUGUGUGCCAGCUCCGCAACAUUCUGCUCUGCCUCCCGUUGCCGCAACAACAACUCAGCGACGCCUCACUCUGUAUCACAGUGUCAUGGCAACGCAGACGAAAUGCCCACCGUGGACCAAAGAGAGGAGGGCGUCAGUGAGGUUGAAGCGAGCGAGGGUGGGAAGAGGAAAGAAAAGAAGCUGUGAUAGUUCUUUGAAGGACAAGGGAAGGAGGAGAUCAUGAAGUGAGCACUGGACGACAAUCACUAAGAGAAAAGGGGACAUUGGUGUGAUCAAAGGGGAAUAAAGGGAAGAUAAAGGAAUGAACAUUUCUGAGUAUAUCUGCUUUAAACUGUCAGAAUGGUGAGAUGAAAGAGACAGGAGGUGUUGUUAAUUAACGUGUGCAAAACUGUCACAUCUUGAUGUCAGCCUGAUCUGCUAGUGGGAGUUGUGUGGGACAGCUUUGUUGCAAAAAUACCAAGGUAGUACUGUAUUCCACACUGACCUAUGACACAUGCACCCAUUUUAUACAUUAUAGCCCUGUAGCCCACUACAUUUUUUCACGUCUGUGUCAAAUAUCAUCAACAUAACUAUCUGUUGUAGGAUGAGCUGUGGUUUAACGGUGAACAUCUUGUCUUUCUUACUCAUAAAAAAACGUUUUUGCUGUUGUUGUCUGCUGACUGUUUACAGAUUGUUUUGUAAACUUGAAAGAACAUUUUGCCUUACAUGUUUUGUUAUUUACCUUGUUGUGUUGUGUUGGUGUGAGUAGCUUGCACUGCUGAUGUUUUUACGAGUUGGUUUGAACAACAGCACAGACCUAGUAAAGCUGUAUUUAAGGCUGUAACAACAUGAUCAUCCACACUUUCAUCAUAACAUAUGUUACAAAUAAUGUCGACAGGUCAAAGUGAUGUCAUCCUAUUUUAUUCUAUAGAGAUUUUCAGUCUGUCUUUGACCGUCAUAGCUGUAAGCACUGCGAGCUCAAGCAUCAUCUAGAAUCUUAUUACCUCAACACUGUAUUUUACAUGCUAAUAUAUAUUGUACGUCAUCUCAAAGCAUUUGAUAUAUCACUAAUCAUUAAAAAUGUAGCCAUCAAUACAUGCAAUACCAUUGCUUUACAUAUUUUACAACUACAGUUAAUGUUUUUAUGUUCACAUUUCCUUUUGUUUGUUUUGUACAAUAAUGUAAAUAUUUUUUGAUUUUUAGAUGAGUCACAUUUUCCGGUUAAUCUAAAAUCACUGUACUGCUUCACAGUGUCAUGACAUGUACAUACACUCUAAUAAUGCUAGGUGUUUAAUUUGUGUUGUAAAUGUGUUUAGGACUCAGUGAUGAUGUAAGAUUGAUUGUUUUUGUAUAGAUGGUUUGAUUAUUGACACAGCCUCAGAAGACAGGCCCAUAAACCAGCUAACCAUACUGCCAGACAAUCUGUAGAAAGGAUUAGCAAUGUUGUUUCUCCUUUGUGUGUACGGUGUGUGUGUGUGUGUGUGUGUGUGUGUGUGUGUGUGUGAGGGGAAUGAUGAGUGUGUAGUGGUCUCGAAUGUGUGUGUAUAAUAAUGCCCUCACACUUCAAAUUUUGUCAAUGAUUUUUUUG